AUGGGCAAAGAGAAUUCUAAAGCUGAUACCUCAAUGAAUGAUUCCUUUCCUAUUGAAGAGCAAAGGUCUUCUUUGAAAGUAGAAGUCAUAUCAACCGUUACUACGCCUCCAAUGCCCGCUUUAGUUAGCGACGGAGAUAAUCAAAAAAUCGAGUCUAAACCUAUAACAGUAAACGGAACUGAAGAAAGAAACUUAACAUGUAAUUUUGAAAUUCAAAUUAGACUGCAUCAUCUAGGUCACUUUCGUGAUGAUCCCGUCGGUUUUAUGAUACAACUGCGUGCAUACUAUCAAGGAACGGGUUGGAGAAGCUAUAAAAAUUAUAUUGGUGCUAGGAUAUUAUACGAAGGAUACACUGAGGAAGUUAAAGAACGUGUAUUAAAUAGCGAACGUGUUCUCUAUAUGAUUGCUUAUUUGGCCGAAAAACAAACCAAAGCUCUCGCUCAAACAAUGCCAAAUGCUAGUCCAAAAGUUUUUGCUGCAAGGAAAAAAGUAUUUGAAAGUGAAUUACAUUCCGUUGCUGUUAAAAUGAUGGAUAGAUUGAUUGCAAAUUUCAAUAGUCUUCGAUUUAUGAGGAUUUUUGCUUUCUUUACAAAUAAUAUAUUAGUGAGAAUGUAUCACCAAGGAAUUCAUAUUUCUGAACCCGAAUUUCUUGAACUUCGUCGUAUAGCUAUAAUAGCAGCUGAAAAUUCACAAUCUCUCGUCAUUCUUCCAUGUCACAAAUCUCACAUAGAUUAUCUAGUCAUAUCGUAUAUAUUUUUCCGUUUAGGUUUAGCACUCCCACACAUAGCUGCAGGAGAUAAUCUUGAUUUACCUAUUCUUGGUAAAAUUUUGAAACGGGGUGGUGCUUUUUAUAUUAGACGUUCAUGGGGAGAAGAUCAAUUAUACGGUAGUGUUGUAAAGGAAUACGUUGAAGGUUUAUUAGAACGUGGUCACAACGUUGAAUGUUUCAUAGAAGGAACUAGAAGUCGUACAGGGAAGGUACUACCUCCAAAAUUGGGUAUUUUAAAAAUUUUUCUGGAAUGUAUUCUAUCAGGUCGGGCUAAAGAUUGUUGGAUUGUGCCAAUGUCAGUUCAAUAUGAUAAAGUAAUUGAAACAGAAUCAUAUGUUAAUGAACUAUUGGGUAUUCCCAAAGAACGAGAAAGUCUUUGGGGAGUGGUAACUAAUACAGGAUUAUUACAAUUAAAAUGGGGACGGAUUGAUGUACGAUUUGCCAAACCGUUUUCGCUUCAAAGUUAUAUACAAGAUCAAGCGUCCAGACGAAAAACCUUUAAUCCUGUUAAUGAUUUAAUUAAUGAAUCACAUAAAAUAACUUUAUUGAGAGCCCUGGGUUAUCGGGUUUUAUCUGAUAUAAAUUCGGCAUCAGUUGUAAUGCCAACUGCUCUAGUUGGUACAGUGAUAUUGACUCUCCGUGGUCGCGGAGUUGGCAGGAAAGAGUUAAUAAGACGUGUAGAGUGGUUAAGGGCUGCAAUUUUAAAAAAAGGUGGUCGAGUAGCAGAUUUUGGCGAUAUGACCACUGGUGAUAUUGUCGACAGAGCGAUCAAUGUAUUGAAAGAUUUGAUUAAAGAACGAAAGGAUUUAUUGGAACCCGUCUUUUACGCAGAAAAACGAUUUGAACUUAGUUAUUAUCCUAUUGUUUCUGCAGCAAUGUAUACCAAAAUAAAACAAGGUGGUGCAAAACCAGCGCAAAUACUUCAUGGUUACGUUCAAUUGACAGAAAUAGAGAGAUCCAUUGGACGAGAAAAUUAUGACUUUUAUUGUUUCUUAAUAUGGCCUUUCAUUGAAACAUAUUGGUUGGCUGCUGUUAGCUUGUUCUCAAUGACACCUUCUAAUCCACCUCCUCAGCCAACCACAACAAUUGUUAAAAAAACUUCUAGCAAGAAACCUAUAAUCACUUGGUUCAACGAACAUGAUUUUCAUAAUAAAUGUCAAUUAUUUGGUAAAACUUUAUAUUACCAAGGGGAUCUUUCUUAUUUUGAAGCGGUCAAUAAGGAAACAUUAAAAAAUGCAUUUAUACUACUAGAAGAAGUUGGUAUUAUUAUGGUUAAACGUAGUAGAGAUGACAAAAUUAAGCCAACCAUUGCUCUUGCUGUUGAUUAUAUUCCAACAAGAAAUUCUGAUGGAGCAAUAGAACCAAAGGGAAAAUUAUGGGAAUUGGUGGAGCGAAUAGGUAAAUUUCGUAGAGAAGGAAAAAAUCGCAGGGACAAUGCUACGGUUAGUUCGAGGGUGUUGAGUUUGGCUGAACUUGUAGGUGCUCCUACCACAGCAGAUGUUGUAGUAAUGACAAAUUUAAUGAGUAGACCUGUGAAAGCCGGCAAGCCGGAGGCAAAACUUUAA